GGCACCGCGGAGUCGGUUCAGACACCGACCCACAGGCAGGCGCGGGGACCCGGGACAGCCGAGGCGCCCAUGGCCGCGCCUGGCGAGCCCUGCGUGGAGCCGGAGGUCUGGAACCAGACAGAGCCUGAACCUGCCGCCACCAGUCUGCUGAAUCUGUGCUUCCUGAGAACAGCAGGAGUAUGGGUGCCACCCAUGUACCUCUGGGUCCUCGGCCCCAUCUACCUCCUCUUCAUCCACCACCAUGGCCGGGGCUACCUCCGGAUGUCCCCACUCUUCAAAGCCAAGAUGGUGCUUGGGUUCGCCCUCAUGGUCCUGUGUACCUCCAGCGUGGCUGUCGCUCUGUGGAAAAUCCAGCAGGGAAAGCCCGAGGCCCCGGAAUCCCUCAUUCACCCUACGGUGUGGCUCACCACGAUGAGCUUCGCCGUGUUCCUGAUUCACACCGAGAGGAAGAAGGGAAUCCAGUCAUCUGGAGUGCUGUUUGGGUACUGGCUUCUCUGCUUUGUCUUGCCAGCUACCCGCGCCAUCCAGCAGGCCUCCGGAGGGGGCUUCCAGAGUGACCCGAUCCGCCACCUGUCCACCUAUCUGUGCUUGUCUCUAGUGGUGGCACAGUUUGUGCUGUCUUGCCUGGCGGAUCAACCACCCUUCUUCCCUAAGGACCCCCAGCAGUCUAAUCCCUGUCCAGAGGCGGGGGCAUCCUUCCCCUCCAAAGCCAUGUUCUGGUGGGUUUCUGGGCUGGUCUGGAAAGGCUACAGGAAGCCACUGAGACCAAAAGAUCUCUGGUCGCUUGGGCGUGAAAACUCCUCAGAAGAACUUGUUGCCCGGCUUGAAAAGGAGUGGAUAAAGAUCUGCAGUGCAACCCGGAGGCACCCCAAGGCAACGGUGUGUGAAAGGAAAGGAGGUGGUGGCAUGGAAGCUCCAGAGACUGAGCCCUUCCUACGGCAAGAAGGGAGCCAGCGGGGUCCACUGCUGAGGGCCAUCUGGCAGGUGUUCCAUUCUACCUUCCUCCUGGGGACCCUCAGCCUCGUCAUCAGUGAUGUCUUCAGGUUCACUGUCCCCAAGCUGCUGAGCCUUUUCCUGGAGUUUAUUGGUGAUCCCAAGCCUCCAGCCUGGAAGGGCUACCUCCUUGCGGUGCUGAUGUUCCUCUCGGCCUGCUUGCAAACGCUCUUUGAACAGCAGAACAUGUACCGGCUCAAGGUGCUGCAGAUGAGGCUGCGGUCAGCCAUCACUGGGCUGGUGUACAGAAAGGUCCUGGCUCUGUCCAGCGGCUCCAGAAAGGCCAGUGCAGUGGGUGACGUCGUCAACCUGGUGUCCGUGGACGUGCAGCGGGUGACCGAGAGCGUCCUCUACCUCAAUGGCCUGUGGCUGCCUCUCGUCUGGAUCGUGGUCUGUUUCGUCUAUCUCUGGCAGCUCCUGGGCCCGUCUGCCCUCAUGGCCAUCGCUGUCUUCCUGAGCCUCCUCCCUCUGAAUUUCUUCAUCACCAAGAAGAGGAACCACCAUCAGGAAGAGCAAAUGAGGCAGAAGGACUUGCGGGCUCGGCUCACAAGCUCCAUCCUCAGGAACUCGAGGACCAUCAAGUUCCAUGGCUGGGAGGGAGCCUUUCUGGACAGAGUCCUGGGCAUCCGGGGCUGGGAGCUGGGCGCCUUGCGGACCUCCGGCCUCCUCUUCUCCGUGUCGCUGGUGUCCUUCCAAGUGUCUACGUUUCUGGUUGCACUGGUGGUGUUUGCUGUCCACACUCUGGUGGCCGAGAAUGCCAUGGAUGCAGAGAAAGCCUUUGUGACUCUCACGGUUCUCAACAUCCUCAACAAGGCCCAGGCUUUCCUGCCCUUCUCCAUCCACUCCCUCGUCCAGGCCCGGGUGUCCUUUGACCGUCUGGUCUCCUUCCUCUGCCUGGAAGAAGUUGACCCUGGUGCAGUGGACGUGUGUCCCUCUGGAAGCUCUGCCAGGAAGGAUUGCAUCACUAUACACAGUGCUACUUUCACCUGGUCCCAGGAGAGCUCUCCCUGCCUCCACAGAAUAAACCUCACUGUGCCCCAGGGCUGUCUCCUGGCUGUUGUUGGUCCAGUGGGGGCAGGGAAGUCCUCCCUGCUGUCCGCCCUCCUUGGGGAGCUGUCAAAGGUGGAGGGGUUCAUAAGCAUCAAGGGUUCAGUGGCCUACAUGCCCCAGGAGGCCUGGGUGCAGAACACCUCUGUGGUGGAGAAUGUGUGCUUCGGGCGGGAGCUGGAGCCAGCCUGGCUGGACAGAGUCCUGGAGGCCUGCGCCCUGCGGCCAGAUGUGGACGGCUUCCCUGCAGGAGUCCACACUUCAGUUGGGGAGCAGGGCAUGCAUCUCUCUGGGGGCCAGAAGCAGCGGCUGAGCCUGGCCCGGGCUGUGUACAGAAAGGCAGCUGUGUACCUGCUGGAUGACCCCAUGGCAGCCCUGGAUGCCCAUGUUGGCCAGCACAUCUUCAACCAGGUCAUCGGGCCUGGUGGGCUACUCCAGGGAACAAAAGAUAGCAGGAGCACAAGAAGCGGAGCUCUCCCCACUCGGAGUCCAGGGACAACACCCCCCCCCAACCCCCAGCUCCAGGAGGCUGGCCGAGCACAUACACGGAUUCUCGUGACCCACGCACUCCACAUCCUGCCCCAGGUUGAUUGGAUCGUGGUGCUGGCAGAUGGGGCCAUCGCAGAGAUGGGUUCCUACCAGGAGCUUCUGCACAAGAAGGGGGCCCUGAUGGGUCUUCUGGAUCAAGCUGGACAGCCAGGAGAUAGUGGAGAAGGAGAAACAGAACUUUGGACCAGCACCAAGGACCCCAGAGACUCCUCUGCAGGCAGGAGGCCUGAGCUCAGACCCGAGAGGUCCAUCAAGUCAGUCCCUGAGAAGGACCGUACCCCUUCAGAAGCCCAGACGGGGGUUCCUCUAGAUGACCCUGACAGGGCACCAUGGCCAACAGGAAAGGACAGUGUGCAGUAUGGCAGGGUGAAGGCCGCAGUGCACCUGGCCUACCUUCGGGCCGUGGGCACCCCCCUCUGCCUCUACGCACUUUUCCUCUUCCUCUGCCAGCAAGUGGCCUCCUUCUGCCGGGGCUACUGGCUGAGCCUGUGGGCGGACGACCCCACAGUGGGUGGGCAGCAGACGCAGGCAGCCCUGCGUGGCGGGAUCUUCGGGCUCCUCGGCUGUCUCCAAGCCAUCGGGCUGUUUGCCUCCAUGGCUGCGGUGCUCCUAGGUGGGGUCCGGGCAUCCAGGUUGCUCUUCCAGAGGCUUCUGUGGGAUGUGGUGCGAUCUCCCAUCGGCUUCUUUGAGAGGACGCCCGUCGGCAACCUUCUGAACCGCUUCUCCAAGGAGACGGACACGGUGGACGUGGACAUCCCAGACAAACUCCGGUCCCUGCUGAUGUACGCCUUUGGACUCUUGGAGGUCAGCCUGGUGGUGGCAGUGACUACUCCACUGGCCAUUGUGGCCAUCCUGCCAUUGUUUCUCCUCUACGCUGGGUUUCAGAGCCUGUAUGUGGUGAGCUCAUGCCAGCUGAGACGCUUGGAGUCAGCCAGCUACUCGUCUGUCUGCUCCCACAUGGCGGAGACAUUCCAGGGCAGCACAGUGGUCCGGGCGUUCCGAACCCAGGGCCCCUUUGUGGCUCAGAACAAUGCUCGCGUGGAUGAAAGCCAGAGGAUCAGUUUUCCGCGACUAGUGGCUGACAGGUGGCUUGCGACCAACGUGGAGCUCCUGGGGAAUGGGCUGGUGUUCGCGGCUGCCAUGGGUGCUGUGCUGAGCAAAGCCCGCCUCAGCGCUGGCCUCGUGGGCUUCUCUGUCUCUGCUGCCCUCCAGGUGACCCAGACACUGCAGUGGGUUGUUCGCAACUGGACAGACCUAGAGAACAGCAUCGUGUCAGUGGAGCGGAUGCAGGACUAUGCCUGGACACCCAAGGAGGCUCCCUGGAGGCUGCCCACGUGUUCACCUCAGCCCCCCUGGCCUCAUGGUGGGCAGAUCGAGUUCCGGGACUUUGGGCUAAGAUACCGACCUGAGCUCCCACUGGCUGUGCAGGGCGUGUCCUUCAAGAUCCACGCAGGAGAGAAGGUGGGCAUUGUUGGCAGGACAGGGGCCGGAAAGUCCUCCCUAGCCUGUGGGCUGCUGCGGCUCCAGGAGGCAGCUGAAGGCGGGAUCUGGAUCGAUGGGGUCCCCAUUGCCCACGUGGGGCUGCACACACUGCGCUCCAGGAUUACCAUCAUCCCUCAGGACCCCAUUCUGUUCCCUGGCUCUCUACGGAUGAACCUCGACUUGCUGGAGGAGCACUCGGACGAAGCUAUCUGGGCAGCCCUGCAGACGGUGCAGCUCAAAGCUCUGGUGGCCAGCCUGCCCGGCCAGCUGCAGUACAAGUGUGCUGACCGAGGCCAGGACCUGAGUGUGGGCCAGAAACAGCUCCUGUGUCUGGCGCGUGCUCUUCUCCGGAAGACCCAGGUCCUCAUCCUGGACGAGGCUACAGCUGCUGUGGACCCGGGCACGGAGCUGCAGAUGCAGGCCGCGCUCGGGAGCUGGUUCGCACAGUGCACCGUGCUGCUCAUCGCCCACCGCCUGCGCUCCGUGAUGGACUGUGCCCGGGUUCUGGUCAUGGACAAGGGGCAGGUGGCAGAGAGCGGCAGCCCAGCCCAGCUGCUGGCCCAGAAGGGCCUGUUUUACAGGCUGGCCCAGGAGUCAGGCCUCGUCUGAGCCAGGCUCCUCAACCAUCCCCGCCCCACUGGGCCGGCCCGCAGAGCCUGCAGUGCUGGAGAUGGAAGUGGUCCCGGGGUCAUCAACAGAUCCACGAGAUGUUGAGUCUAGACCUGCUUUUGCUCUCUGGGAGGAAAAUGGCAGAAAAAGUGGCCAAAGGUCACACAGCACCAGAGCUGGAAGGACCUAGCAAUAUACAAACCACCUGCAGCCAGUGUCAACAGUGACCCUCAGCUCUGGCUGAGCCCUGGACUCACCUGGGGACUCAAGUACCUGCCUAGGCCCGCCGUAGACCCUUAAAUCGGUAUCCCUGGGGCUGGGGACUGCCAUGGUGUGUGUACGUCUUACAAAUUGACAGGUUUAUUUUCGGAUAAUCCUAAAUUCACGUGCAGUUAAAGGAAA